AGCAAUCAGGGUGAUUUUAUGCAAAUAUAUUUGAAAACGAGGCUGGUCAUGUGACACAUACGUCACGGCCAUGGAAGCGCCAUUUUGAAGAAAAUGUGAGGACCGGAUAAAGAAAAUCUUGGAUAUUACAACUAAAUAAUGUCCAGCUCAAGGUCAUCAAGGAGCAAGAGAAAUGAGAGUGCAAGCACAACUCGUGUGAAGUUGUUAGCAAAAGAAAUGAACGGCACUGACGAUGACACGGAAGAAGAUGCUAUUGAAAUUCGCUCUGAAGAUUCAGAAGAUGAUUCCAGUUCAGCCAAUGAGAAAGGGAAAAAGAAACUCGACAGCUCACUUAGCAAAUCUGGAUUUUCUAUGACUACUGAGAUGAAGAAGCUGUUAGAACGUGUACUCUGUUGCUCAUGUGGUAAGCAGUUGAAUCCCAUGAAUCAUGGUGCUGUAAGGCGACAUCCAUGGCUCAAAGUAGUAACUUGCAAGAAAUGUUACAAGUUUUUACGAAGUGGUCCUUUUACCCGUGAUGAUGAUGGAGUAGAUGAACAGUGCCGUUGGUGUGGGGACGGAGGACGUCUGUAUGGUUGUGAUUACUGUCACAAUUGUUUCUGUAGGUCUUGUAUCAAACGUAAUCUAGGUAGAUCUGAGGCUUCAAUGAUGGAGAGUGAAGAUGACAGUAAAUGGCACUGUUACCUCUGCAAACCCAAAAAACUGAAGAAACUGACAGAUGAUUGCGACAAAAUACUUGGUUAUAUUCAAGCCCAAGAGAAGAAGGAAAAAGAAAGGGAGGAAAGAGAAAAGGCGAAACAGAAAGAAAAAGAAAAGAGAGAGAAAAUGAAGAAAGAAGAAAAGAAAGAAGAAAGCAAAGAUGAAAAGGAGAAAGACUUGAAGGAUGAAAAAGGUACACCUAAAAGAGGUUUACCAGCACCUAAAGUUAAGUCUGAAAUAACAGAGAAACUAAAGGUGGAAAAGAAAGAUGAGAAACCGAAGGUGGAAAAGAAAGACGAGUCGAGUUCAGAGAAAGACAAAGAAAAGAAAAUUGAAACGAGUAAAGCAGUCUCAAAUUCCAAACCUGAUAUAAUUGUAGUAGGGGAUAGUCCUGCUAUAAAUCCUCAUCAUAGAGCUGUGAAUUAUAAACCAGACAUACGGACAGGUGUACAACAUGUUCAGAAAAUCAGCGAUAAUGUUACAGCAGUAACAGUGGGUCCUAAAUUUGACAAGCCUGUUUUGAUGCCAAAUAUAAAUAAAGGAGGCAAUUUUCAAAGGCAAAUACAACCCAGGCCAAUGUUAAUAAAUAUGCUAACAUCAGGGGCUUCAGGAUCUAAUUUCAACCAAGGAAAUUCUUUGAAUACUUUGAAGAAAUUUGUCCCAUUAAAUGACAUGAGAGCAUUAAAAAAUAAUAUUUUCCCUAAUAAUGUUGAAAAUAUUGCUGAAAAAUUGGGCCCCAUGACUCAAUCAUUAAAUCUCACUUUAAAUUCACUAAAAACAGAUCUAGCCAUUGCAAAGUUGUCACAGGCAAACAUGUAUCAGGCUAAACAAAUGGCUGCAACUCAAAUGAAAAAUGGAUUAGAGUACUUCUUUAACAGUUUACGUGAACUUCUUAAUGUUCAAAUAUUGGCCAAAAAUCCAAAUGAAGUUGCAGAUGACAAGAGUCAGGGUGAUAUAAAUAUAAAACCAGUUUCAAGUUUUUCUUUAACAAGCACACCCAAUGGUAAAACAGAUAUUCUAGUCGAUAAAAUCAAUGAAUCACUAAUUCCAAUAGAAAUUGAUGCUAGUCCUGUAAAGAAAGUGGAGAAAGUUGAGAAAAUGGAAACUGAUGAUGUGUAUGUAGUAACUGACAAUGACACUAAAGAUGUAAAAGUGUUACAUGUAAGUAAUGACAAAGUGGUAAAAGAAGAAGCCUUGAAUCACUCAGAGAUGUCAGUAGAUAAGAACGAUGAAAUUGUCCUUGAUGAUGACACUAUAUCUGAAAGUGAUUCCAAAAAUGAUCAAACAAAACCAUUAGAUGAGGACAAAGAUUUGAAUGGUAAAGAAGAACCUGAAAACAAAACUGAUUCUAAAACAAGUGAAAAGGUUGAAAGUUCCAAGAAGCCAUCAAAAAACAAAACUGUGGAUGAUGUUCAAGAAAUAAGUGAUAAUGAGUCGGACAAAAAAACAUCAAAAAAGUCAAACAGUAUAAUAGGUAUGAGUGAAAAUUCUGCUGCAGAAUUAGAACUGUUGAAAGAAAUGGCUGAUGAGUCAGAAGAAGAAACACCAAAGAAGUCAAAAAGUAAAUUAGAGAUGAGUGAAAAUACAGCUGCAGAAUUGGAACUGCUAAAGGAAAUGGCUGAUGAGUUAAAUGAACAAGAAGAAAAAUCAAAAGAAUCAGAUCAUCCAAGAAGAUCAAGUAGGAAAAAGAAUUUUGAUGUCACUGAAGUCAAAGAUGAUUCUGACCGAGAUUCUCCUGUAAGGAGGUCUAGUAGACGUCAAAAGCCUGAGGAUGAAAACAAGGAAAAAAAUGAGAAAAGAGAUAAAAGUUCUCCUGAAAAAGGGAAAACAGAUUCCAAAAAGUCAGGAAAGAAAAAAGAUGAUGUAUCAGAUGAUCAGGAAACAAGAAGUAAAAGAAAAUCAGAAAAUAAGUCCAAGGCCAUGGAUGACUCUGAUGAUCAAACCGAAGAUGAGUCUGGUAAAAAUGAUGAAAAGGAAGGUAAAGACAAGAAAAAAAAGUUGUCAAAGAAGCAAGUUUCUAGUGAUAUUACUGAUGAGAACACUGAAGAGGAGGUAGAGAAAAUGGAAGAAGAACCAGAAACGAAAAGUAAUGCUAAAUCUAAUAAGAAAAGUUCUGAAAAGCAGAAGUUCAAAUCAAAAGAUAGAUCCAAAAACCUUGAAGAAAGCACUGAAGAAGAGGUAGAGAAAAUGGAAGAAGAAUCAGACACCAAAAGUAGUGCUAAGCCCAAUAAAAGUUCUGAAAAGCAGAAGUCCAAAUCAAAAGAUAGAUCCAAAAACCUUGAAGAAAGCACUGAAGAAGAGGUAGAGAAAAUGGAAGAAGAAUCAGACACCAAAAGUAGUGCUAAGCCUAAUAAGAAAAGUUCUGAAAAGCAGAAGUCCAAAUCAAAAGAUAGAUCCAAAAACCUUGAAGAAAGCACUGAAGAAGAGGUAGAGAAAAUGGAAGAAGAAGAAUCAGACACCAAAAGUAGUACUAAGUCUAAUAAGAAAAGUUCUGAAAAGCAGAAGUCCAAAUCGAAAGACAGAUCAAAAACCUCUGAAGAAAGUACUGAAGAAGUUGAAGAUAAGAAGAUAAAGAAAUCUGAAGAAGGAAAUAAAAAAGAUUCUAAGAAGUCAGUUAAAAAGGAGAAAAGUGAGGAUUAUGAUAAAGCCUUGGAGGAUCAGGUAGCCACUGACAUGAGUGAUACAACUGAAUCUAGUGAUGAGUCUAUGGAAGAAUUUGGAAAGAGGAAAAAGAAGCGGAAAGUUGCUGCUAAGGAAGAAAAAGAAACGUCAAAAAGACAAACCAGAAGAAGUGAUAGAGGAAAGAAAUCUGAAAACAAUACUGAAAAUUCAGAUACAGAUCCAAAUUUUGAUUCCGACCUUGAAAAAGAGAUCAAAAGUCUGUCUAGAAGUACUAGACUUAAAAAAAAGGAAAAGGAGUCUAAAGAAAGUGAAAAAGAGGAAAAGAGUAAGAAAGAAAAGUCAAAAGAAAAGGAAAGGAAAGGAAAGAAACCUGUAAAAGAUGACAUUGGUGACGCAUCAAGUGGUACUGAAGAUGAUCCUGAUUCUAAACCUUCCAAAAGAACAAGACAAAGCUGCGAUAAGAAGUCUGAAAAUAACACAGAAAAUUCUGAUACAGACCCAAAUUUUGAUUCAGAUCUAGAAAAAGAUAUUAAAAGUUUGUCUAGAGAAACCAGGCUUUCUAGAUCUAAGGCAAAGGAGACAAAGGAAUCCAAAGAAAGUAAAAAAGAGGAAAGUAAAGGCAAAGAAGAGAAAUCAAAAGAAAAAGGAGGAAAGAAAGAGAAGAAAACUGUUGAAGAAGAUAGUGAUCUGUCUAGUGGAGAAGAAGAGAUUCCCGAAGACGACGAUGACUCGGAUGAGGAAACUGAAAAUAAUCUCUCAGCUUCACAACUUAAGAAACUCAAACAGGCUAGGAAAGCUAUGAUUGAUGAAGAGAGUGAAGAUGAUGAUAGACCUGAUGAUCUGUCCAGUGACUCUUCUGAUGAUCCUGAAAUAUCAUUCCCAAAAUUGUCAUCACCAAAGAAAGGAAAGAAGAAGGAUUUGAGUGACGCAAGUGAUGAUUCCGACUUUGUGACCCCAAAGAAGAAACGAAGGAGGGGAGUUAUCAAGGACAAACUACUCGAUGUAAACAUUUCAGAUUCUGGCAGUGACACAGGGAAGAAAGGGAAAGGGAGAAAAGGAAAGAGAAAAAGAAAGAAGGAAGAUGAUAGUGAUGCUUUCUCAGAGCUCAGUGAUGAAGAGGAAAAUAGAAAGAAGGAAAAGAAACGAAGAAGAAUAAAGAAAAUUGCCUCUAGCGAUGAAGAAGCAGUAGGAUCG